AUGGGGCCCAUCACCAGGCCUCACAGGGGCUCCCACCAGUACACUUGGCUGCUCCAACACCCACCAGCUGCAGGCAGAGAUACCGUCUACCUGCCACUGCCUUCAACUCUGGACUUGAGCCAACCAUCUUUAAGUAACGAGUUUGACGGCACCCGGGAUAUACUAGUGGAACCGGAACUCCUACGAAGAUGUUCUACUGGAACUGGCCCCGAGUACCGUUGGAGGAUUUGGAAUGAGGAUGGAAAGGAGGUGCUUAUUAGCUCUAGUCAACCCAUCCUUAACUCUCCCACUUUACUCCUUCAUCCUAUCUAUGACCUAUCCUUCUGGAAGAUACAUGAGGGUGGUCAGGAUGCUAAUAUAUCCUCAGAAUUUCUUCCUGAAAGUGUCCUUCAGGAUGGGGUGUACACAGCACAGCUCACUAUUAAGGAACGGGAUACUAUUGUCGAGGCCUCCUUCAACACCACCUUCGGUCUUGUGGCUAUCCGUCUCAAGGUGGUGUUCAUAGACGGGACGGAGAGGGAGGUAGACGGCCAGACGAACAUCACACUCAGGGUUGAAGUAACAACUCCUACACCCAACUACACCCUCAAGUGGGAUUGUCAACCCGUGGGACACCCUGACCAUUCCUGCUUCUCUCACCCUGACCCCUGGGACUCCUUCACCGCCUCCACCCGCGUCGUUGAUGGGUUCUUCUCGCAUCUCUACCACAUGUGGGAUAAUCUGCAUAAUAGGACCUCUCACUAUCCUACUACUACCACAGGAGCACCUUCAGGAGUUAACACCACUAGCUAUCACCUAAAGGAGGAUGUGGAUGGAUCUUCUACCCCUUCAGGACAUACCAUACCCUCCUUCAGUACCUCACAGAAGGGACCAGCCUACUCGAUAUGGUCUCAUCCUCAUAUAACCCCAUCAGGAGUCACCCCACCCUCCUUCAGUAGCUCGCAGGAGGGGGUGAGGCUAAGCCAACUCGACAAGAAGUUCGUGGAGACCAUCAGCAUCCCCGUCUCGUCUCUGAGGGCGCCGACGGAGAGGUUCCUGUUCAAGGUCUCCUGCCAUCACCACCGCAUGACGUCAACUGACCAACAGAUGGUUGCUGUAAAGACACCCAGAGAUGAUAUCGGGAUCAGGAGUCACAUAAGGUCUGCGUUCCCCUACGGCGCCGCCCGCAGGAUGGUGUUUGAGAGUGAGUGUAUGUCGUGCACGCCGGAGGAGCUGAAGGUGCUGCAGUACUCGUGGCGCCUCUCCCUGGUGUACAAGGUCGGGUCCUUGGGGGAGACCACUAGGUCCCUCACCACCGCCAACACUGACGAGACCGAACUAACGCUGACGAGGGCACUUCGUCGACACCAGACCGAGAAAGGGUUCCUGCUUCGCCCUCGUGACUACCUGAGGGUGUACAACAAGACCAUCCUGAGGACGACGCUGCCGCAGGUGGAUGAACACGGGGAUAGUGGUGGUAGUUCCUCUCUGUCGUACACGGAGUACCUCGGCGCUAUAGACCCCGAGGAGCUUGUCGGCCUUCAACACUUCAGUCCACGGGAUCUUCAGAAGCUGCCGAGACCCCUCACGCCAGACCUUGUUGACCGGGCCAGGGAGGUGGAGCGUCGCUGGAGAGGUAAGUCCCCCUACACGGGUGACGGCUUGAGGGGAACACAACCUGAAGGCCGACAAAAACGUGGUGUCCGGCAAGACGUCUGGACGCCACCAUCCUCACCCGAGAAAAAGGUGAGCCGGUCGCCGCCAUUACCCGGCGUGAAGUUGACGGGCAGCGGGUCCCGUCAGGUCCAGGAAGGGGGUGGUGGUGGCGGGGGGCAGCAGAAGAACCAUGCGGGAGGUCGUGCAUCACCGCGGACACGCCAACGCCGCGACGCUCAGAACCGCCAGAUGAAGGAGGAGGACCGUCCGUCUUCCGCCCAAACCAAUAAGCGUCGGGAGGUUGUUGGCCGUCACUCAGGCGCGGGGGACCGGGGGGCGGCAGCCAUGACGGACGACGCCGCCCCGCAGGAACACUCCCCAGUAACCUCAGCCAAGGUCACGCUCCACCACCACCGUCUGUUACACCACGCCCCCUACCAUAAUAUUUUAUCGGGGCAAUAUGGGGCGGGGGAGAGUGAGGGAGGCGGACUUUGGCACACCCGUGUUGGGGAAGGUGACGGGUCAGUUGUGAGCCUUCCAGACCCGAGCUGGAGGCAGGUGGAGGAGACGGCAGAAACGGUCUCACAGCUUGAAAGAGAAGAUGUAAGACGUGUGCAACAAGUAGACGCUGGGUACCUGCCACCACGACACAAUGACGCCCGGGGAGAGAAUCCGGGAAAUAGUGGUAGAAACUUGCAACCACGAGAAGAAAUCUUUACUGGGCGCCAUAAGGUGGAUGACAAAGAGGCGAGGCGGGCGUACACUGACAGGGAAGAACGUGCCAGAUCACAGAGUAAUGAGUGGGAGGCAAAAGUUCCGCAAGAUUUCAUGGAGUUUCGCUCGGACGAAAUAAUUCUGCUCAGGGGUAAGGAAGACGAGGGCGAUUUAGAGAGAAUGAAGCAACACAAAGAGGAGGAAGAGAAGGAUACAAGGCUACUGAGGGAGGAUCCCGCAGGCGGAUUGGAGUUGUGGCAAAUAAAUGAAGGUGAUCAUGGAGGGCGUGACUACCAGCUCGGCGGCGGAAGUAAAGGAAGGAAAAAGUGGCGACAAAUGAGUGUGUCGGGCGCCGGCAACGACGAGGCGCAAGACGCGGCCAGAGUUACGACUGAGGAUCCGGACGACGACAAGAACCUGGCGAACACAUUAACCAACUCACAGGUAACCGAGCGAGGAGUUUCGGGCGCUAACAAAAAGUCGCGGGAGGAUUUACGCCGAACAGGGGUCAUGGAGGAGGUCAGAGUGGAGGAGGUGACGCCCCUCUCCACCUCCUCUUCCACCGGCAACUUCCUGGUGGAUAUCGCCGGAGGGGAACGUCAAGUCUUACAGUUGGACGCAAAAACGGAGAAAACCUUGGGAGUCACGGAGGAUGAGCUCGCAGCAGGUGACAACGACAAGGUGGUGAACACACUCAUGCUCCACGACACUUCCCCAAAUGCUCCAGUAAACGACAGGAAGAUUAGGAGUGUGGGAGGUGAGGAACGGUCGACCCUCACACCCAGACAUCUUCACCCUCACACAGGUGUUCCUCACAGCUCGUCACCGCCUCCUGCCGCGUCUCCAUCACAGCCUACACCACCGCCAUUCCCGUCCUUGGAGACAUCUUCCUCCAUUACUCCUUCAUUGCAAGUGGAUAAGGAGGAGGAAGGACAAUUUUCCUCCACCAUUGAUGAUCAUUCAGGCAGGGAGGACGAGUGGUCGGGAACGGCUGCACUUCACCAGUCACGCCGCGAGGCAGUAGAAGCCGAGGAGAAUGGAGAAGCCGUGUUAGUGAAGGAAGACAAAGCGGUAUUAACGACGGAGGAGGAAAGAGAACGUGAAGAUAAAGAGCGAACGACUGGUUUUGAGGAGGAGGAGACAGUCAAAGGUGGAGCAGAAAAACGAAGAAAGAAUAAAAAAAAUAAGUAUAAGAAACUUGAGGAAAGAGACAAAGGGCAGCAAAUAGUAAAUAGUGAAGAGGGCGAGAGGACCUUAAGCCACCAGCAGGAGGAAACUGGGUACAAAGAAAAUGGCCUGACCUCUGAAGGCAUUGUGAAAGUUAGAGAGACGGAGGAGAAUGACGGUGUGGAGGGCGAGAAUGACAUUGGUGGUGUGGCCGAGGCGGGGAGACUGCCACACACGACCCGCCACCCCACCCAUCACCGCCAUGACUCGACACACUUGCCAAUCAGAGUCGCACACUCGGGCCUUGUACCGGAUGGAGGAACACCUAUCACACAAUCAGAUCAAUUCCUACCUGACGUUGCCUCGGGGGUACCUUGGGACACCGUGGCCUCAGGUGCGCGUGAGGGGCGGCCAUCGAGUCACACAACGAGAAACACCAAAGUUAGAGGCUUGAGACCCGUUCAUUACGUGCCUGGAGGAGCAAGGAGUCCUCACCGUGCACUCCCGUCGCCGCCAGAGCUCGGUCCCGUGUCUGUGGACGCCUCACUGAAUGUGCUUCCUGGAGGCCCGAACACUCAGCCCCAGGGUACACGAGGCCCCCAUCCACCAUACGCCGCCCCCCUCCAGGCAGCGGCUCAGUUUUUUCACCCCCCCUACGUCUCCCUCACCCACUCUCCCUCUGGGGUCCUCGACUAUACGGAAUUCAAGAAACUUAACGCCGCUAAACCCACCCAUCAUAAAAUUCUCCCACAAGGAACUUCUGAGUCUGGCCGAAGUAUUGGAAACACCCGAGGCAAAGCUGACGUAGACCGUGUUAAACUUACUCCUCCAGGUGAAGAGCUGUCCCGGGGUGGUGGGGGGACACCUUCCACCCACACUACCGCAGAUGGAGUGGGAGGUUCACGCUAUGGUGUACUUGGUGAGCGGGAAGAUGGGCCUCCCCUUCGUCAGAGGAACAGAGGCAGGGUAAGCGGGGCCGGGACAGCACAACAGCAGAACCGUCGGCCGCAGCAGCAGACAGUGGGUGAGACGGAGAGGUCAGGAGCCUCCGGUAGAGGUCAGGGUUACGGAGGCGUUGAGGUCAGGACGCCGCCGCCAGCUAACACCAGACCCCGGCCUCCCCACAUACUGUUGCCUACUGAGGGGCAGUCUUCUCCUGUCAGGGGCGUCGACUACGGGAAGAAGAUCAAGGAAUUCGCGGACACUCACCAAGAUGUCCCUAACUUCGGCUGCCGGUCUGAAAACUGGGAGCUGUGUCGCAGGAAGCCACCCAACGCUUAUAUCACCAAUACCCUCGACAAGACCAUUGGCUCCUCUGGUGAUGAACAAAUUAUGUCGACGAGAUUCGAGGACAACCCAUUUGUGACAGACGAGGCCCAGAUAACUGUGUACCUGUUUGGGCAGCUCCUGACCUCCACAGGCACCCGUGCUCCCAUCGUGGUGCUGUAUACGGACCUGUUAAUUACCGACUCCCAGUAUAUCUUGUACCUAGACACCUUCAACCCCCUCACUAACAACACUGGAUCAGCCUCACAACUCAUAACGUUCUCACCUCCUCCUACAGUCGAAAGCUGUCGAGUGUCACCGCUGCCUGGGAGAAAUGGUUCCUGGUUUAGUGGAACUUGUGAUGAAGUCAAAGGCCAUUACUACCCAGUCCUGCUGGAGUGGAGUUAUCACUUCUUGUGGCGGGAUGUUAAGACUGUUUUUUAUUAUGGAGCAAGAACCUCGUUCGAUUUCACGCUUCCCUCGGGCCUGGAGUCCAACGAUUACAAAGUUUAUGUGUCGGUGAAGGCCAUUGAUGGUAAAGGAGUCUCUAACAAAUAUCCUGAUGUGAUAGAGUUAGUGGUAUACCCAAUAUCAAGGACUGGAGAUGGUAUAUUGUCCAUCUUCCAGGAGAUUUCCACCCUAGAAAAUGAAAGCCCUUCUCUUUUGCUGCAACAAGUGCGGUCUCUGGCGUGGGAACUAAACCUCAUAGUGACUACUGAGGUAACCGAGACCAUCAUCGACAACAUCUUGGCCAUCAUCUUCUACGCCAGCUGUCAGGAAAGCCUCGAGACGGUAACCGACCCGACGUACAAAUUAGGACUCCAAUACUUGAAGACCAGUCAGAACGACAGGAGGGACAUCUUCGUGGAGGUGAACCUACUGAAAUCAUGCGCCAGGGACCACCUAGCAGAGAUAAUAGGUGAACUUCCCAUAAGAGAUGAGAUGGAAGUACUUCAGGUCUUAACGGCACUUCAGAUUAUCGUGGACGCCCAGGAGUACAUCUCCAGCCACACAUACAUUCGGGUCUUUGAAAACAUGCACAUGGCAGCCAAGAGAAUAUGGUUUAGUUCUUCACCGGAACUUAAAGAUGAGGUUGUCCAGGAGUUCUUUAUUCUUUCAUCAGCCAUGUUAGAUAAGCAGAGAGAGAUAUACGACUGGAAUUCAACUUCCGUCCAUCUAAUCAACUCGCUCAUCAAUCUUCUCCAAGAGGUUAUGGAGGCAGACACACGAACCAGGUUUCUCGAAGAAGAGCCGCUGGUGAUGUCAACGGACUAUCUCAAAUUCCACGGUUUCCUGUCCGACGCGGAAAACAUAAAUCGAUGGAACCGGUCAUUGCCGUUUCUCUUUGAGCCGGACAGUAUACCAAGUGGAGUACAUUUGGUCCAAUCUCUCAUUCAUUUACAAACACCGUACAAUGUUACACAGGAUCCAAUCACCUCGGAAGUCAUCAACGUCUGCUUACAACUAUCGAGCGACUUUGUCCGUAGAGUCAAGGUUAAAAUAAAGCGAUCUCAGCUACUCAUGGCGGCUGGGUACGAUUUCCGACGUCCAGGAGUUCUCACGCCGGCGUCCCUGAGCGUGUAUGAGUUUGAGGUGACCGCACAGUACGAUUCCAUGGCCUUCCACAUCUUGCUGCAGUUCACCAAGAUACUGAACUCGGAUUACCCAGUGGCGGCCGUUUUGCUUAUUUGCCAGAGCAUGCAGAGCCUCAAGGAGCCUUUGUUUAAGCAGGAGUUAAUAGCCACAAGUGAACCUUCUCGAGUGACACUCUUCAUCCCCCCUGACACCCUCGCACAUGGCAAGAAGCUCCUCAUCAUAAUGGACAAAAAUAGCUAUGAAAAUAACUGGGCAAGAUUCAACUCCAGCAAGAUAAGUGGGGCAGAUUUCCUCGUUAGUGGCUGGUGGUCGCAGUGCUUGGUGUGGGGCGACAACCAAUGGCACGCCCAGAACUGUACCGUCAUUGCCGAGGAAUCAUCGUGGGAUUACACGACUUGUAGUUGCAGUUCAAUUUACUCUGUUUAUGGGGCUCAGUCAAUUACCAUACUGGAUGAGGAGAGUAAGAUGGACGUCAACGAGCUGAUGCUACACGAGACGUACCUGGCGCUCUAUUUCAUGGUGUUCCUUCUGGUCGUGUACUUUGUGUUUGCGUUGGCGCUCCAGACUUCCGACCGACACCGCCUCAGACGGAGAAAUAUUUGGUUGCGGGAUAAUAAGCCUCAGCACGAGUGGGCGUACUUGUUGACGAUUAAGACCGGGACACAGUGGAAUGCUGGCACCACGGCGAAGGUAUACGCCAUUCUUCACGGGACACACGGCAUGAGUGAGACGAGGGAGCUACAGUCCAAGCAGACAGGCCAGCUGUUUACGCGUGGGGCCCUCUGUACGUUUAUUCUUACAACUCCUGAACCACUCGGUGACAUCCUCAAGGUUCAAGUGUGGCACGACAACAGCGGGGGAAGUGAAUCGGGGUGGUACGUGUGCGAAACGAGUGUGGCCGACCUGGUUCUGGGGGCCAGGUAUGCCUACCCCUGUUAUCGCUGGUUGUCGGUGCAGGCGGAUGAUGCCAAGGUGGAGAGGGAAAUCACUCUGGAAAGUCCAACAACUUUUAUACAGGAUUUUGAGCACUUCCUGCCUCAGUACGCCAGUGAACACAUGUUGUGGACGUCUCUGCUCACUACCUCCAACACUUCCAAGCUGUACCGUCUUCAGAGACUCACCAUAUGCUUGAUUGUGUGUCUGUGUAUGGGAACAGUAUCUCUCAGUUUUGUGCAGAUGGUAAACAACGAACACACUAUGAUGGUCCCAGACAUGCACAUCGAGUCCCUGUUCUACGGUGCCAUGAUUGCCAUGAUUCUCCUCCCAGUCCAGUGGCUCUUGGAGAUGAUCUUCAAAAUGAGCAAUAGGCUGGAAGAAAAAGAAUACAACUCCAAAAGUGUAUUAGACACCUUAAGGGCCACUAGAGAAAUAAUAACAUUCCCACAAACUAUGAGCGACCAGGAGGACAGCUUUGAGGAGGAGGUGUAUAACCCCCAGUCUCAAGUGUGGAGGAAUCUAGCCAGCUGGGCCCAGUCUGUGGAGAUUACAAACACGGACGCAAUUCAUCCGGUGUUGUUGCAAAACCAGGAAGGCAUGCAAGUCACUCAGCGAUCUCGAAGUAAUGCCGAUAAUGACCCCAGAGCUCCACCUGUUGAGAGUGAAUUUAGGAGGAACUCGGUCGACCCACUUGCCACCACGGCACAACUAACGACCGUGCCAAACAUUAUGAACGACAACCGCGAAGCAGCUAGUACCAAGAAAUGCUCCCUGACGAUCUUUCAUUUCCUCUCCGAGCUGCGUAGGUCCUUCAGUUACAUCCUUCACUUCCUGGCUAAGAAUAAGAAAGGAAAAGGCAAGAGAAGAAACACCAUAGAAGAGGAGGACGGUUGGGAUGGUGAUGAUGGUGAUGAUGACGAUGAUGAUGACGAGAAUGAUGAACUGAGAAUGUCGUCCAGUAUGACGUUCAUCUUCUCUCAGUGCGUUGGAUGGAUCGUGUGCUGUUUCUUUGCGGCUAUGUGUUGUAUGACGCUGUUCGUGCAAGGUUCAGGAAUGUCUGUGGACUACGGCUCCCUCUGGGCGCACAUCAUCUACAUAACACUGUGCUGUUCCAUGUUUGUUAUGCAGCCUCUCGUUAUAGUGAUCUACACAUUAUAUAAGGUGUGUAUGUAUCGAUGGUUCGGGAGUCGAGGCUGCAUCAGUUCCUGUGUGACCGUCCCUUUGGAUCAAGUGGUGGCUAUUUGGAACCGCUAUCAGACUGUGCUGCUGAGGCAAAAUUAUUCUGGGAAAAAUACCAACAGUGAGAAAUUGCUGGAGGAACGACAGAGGACACGGGAUCUCAGAUUUGCCCACCCGCCCAGUGAACAGUAUCUGCUGAAGUGCCGGGAGAAAGAACUACGGCGAGAGCACGUGUCCAGCCUCUUGUGUAGCACUGUGGGCCACCUGCUGUUCCUGGCCCUGCUGAUAAUAAUAGCAAGUAAUUCUAACAUCGAGGAGAGUUACAAAUUGAACAGGGCCGUAUACUCCGCUUUAGAGAAUGGGACGUGCUUGGACUCUGCUCGUUAUGAAGACGCAUGCACAAGCAUCGGUUCAAACGGAGAUUCCUGUAACACCGUCGAAAACAAGAAUUACAUGAAGUUCAAACAUAUCCAUACUAAGGAAGAUUGGUGGAAGUGGGCAUACACCGAACUUCUGGCCCUCACCUAUAACACGGACAAAACGUACAGCACGGAUUGUAUAUUCUGUGACACCAACAGCAUCGUGAUCGGGAUGCCCAGGAUUCGGAAAUAUGACAUCUACUCCCAGGAAUGCGAAGCUAGCAAAGUGAAAAUCGGCAACAUGUCCUUUGCGGAUCUCUUGAAGGUGAAAACGUGUUUUCCGGACUACAUAGACGAAGUGCCUCACCUCUUCAGCUUCAGAUUGGACAUGGAUAAGGAAUAUGAAUGGGACGCACACUUCCUAGCAGUCACCUAUGGAUUAUUUGGCCAAUACAGCUAUACCCCACACAAACAGUCGCUGAGCGGUUCGCGGUUCAUCACCAUCUUGUGGUUGAUGAUUCUGCAAGGGAGCGACUGGCUCAAUGAAAACAUGACGCGGGCGGUGGUCACGGACUUCACCCUCUACCAUCCUCAGACGAAAUUGUACACCACCGUUAUGUUGUUGGCGGAAUUUCCCUCACUUUCCGGAGCUAAGACCAAAACAAGCGCGUGGUCGUCCCAUAUUGAGAGGUACAGCAGUGAUUGGUCGAUUGUGUGUAUGGUGGCUGAGAUAGUGUUGCUGGCCAUUGCUAUGUACUACCUGUACCACACCACUAUAUAUGUCUACACCUGUCGCUUCAAGAUUUGGAAGUGUUUUUGGGGAUUGCUGGAUGUACUUAUGACCGUUUUAAGCUGGAGUUACAUGGUGUGCCUGAUGCUGCGCGUACAGAUAGCCGAAGAUGCGAUGUGGCAGCUGAGAGUCGCCUACUUCAAGAAAUUUGUCAACCUUACGGGUCUGGCGACUUGGGAUAAUAUCCUGGAAGCCCUGAUUGGAGGCAUGUUAACAGUCCAUCUGCUGCGUUGUCUCUGCCUGAUGAGAUAUCUGCCUCGUUUACGUCGCCUUGGGCUAAUACUGGCCAGUGCUGCUAAAGAUGUGCUGUGUAUAAGUUUUAUUCUGGGAGUUAUGAUGAUUUGUUGCAUAUGCCUUGGAUACCUGUGGUUCAAUCAAGUGCUGUGGGAAUGUCACUCUUUUGCCGAGACGCUGUUGACACUCUUCAGAAUCACCUGGGCGCAUCUACCUUUCUUAACGAAGGUGGAGAGAGAGUCGUCGGGCUGUGUGUCCUUUCUGGGGUAUCUUUACUACUUGGUGGCCUAUGUUCUGCUGUACCAAGUGGCUCGAGCGCUCUACAUUGCUGCCUUCCUGUAUGCUCGCAAGAAAUAUGUCGAUAAGCCGGGGUUAGAAGUCAAAUGGAAGGACAUAACUUCAUAUAUAAGGGGAAGAUGUCGCUCACUGGUGCAUAAAGUCAGGAGGAAGAAGGAAGAAAUGGUGAAUCAACCCAAGGACAAUACUCCUCCUGAUUUUUACAUGACAGAGUUGGACCUUCAGAUAACUCAAGUGAUGACUAGACUGGACACCAUGGCUGAAACACUGGGUCUGGUAAUUGACCGUGUAGACGACCUCAUUGAAGAGGACCAGUUAGCUGUAUUGAGGACGUGUGAUGGCGUCGAGGUACUUAAAAUGACCAAGGACUCUUCAGAUAAUGAAGCGUGGCAGUUGGAAGAUGAGGUUACGAAUUCUACUUUCAAGAUGGAACUGGAAGCAAUGCUGAAACCAUUGCAGAGUUGUGGACAAGACCCGAUGAAAGAAGCCGGUAGUAAAACAUUAAUUUCCAGUCAAGUUACAUCACUGGAAGCAAGGAAUGACAGUCACAAACACCAGUAUGAGACCAUUUUUGAUACACCAAUGGAAACUUCAUUUAAUCUGGAUGCUUUUACUGACAUUGCAAGUUGUCAGACAGAAAUUGAGGCUUUUACUCGUAACUGGAACUUGAAUUCGGCUUGUUACGGACAGUUGAAAUUUGGAACCAAAGAUGAUGGUGGUACAAUGGCAAAGUUUUUGAAGGAUGUGUCUGCAGCCUCAGACGAAAGUGUUACCUCAUAUGGAAAAUAUGGCAAAACAGUAAGUAAACUUAAAGUUAGCCCAAAGCUUCAUCCUAGUCAUGAGUCUCUUGCCACAAAUCAAUAUCUGUACAAUAACAACAGUAGUACUUCAGAAACUGCUGGUCUCUGUCCAGCACAAUCACGAGUUACUACCCGGCAGUGUACACUGGGGUUGCAAUCGGCAGCCCAAGGAACUCAGCUUGUCCAACAUGAGACUCCCAUGCAAAGUCCUCUUGGCAUUAGCUCGAGGCUUUGUCGUACUCAAACUCAAGGUCGCGGUAAAGGUCACGUUGAUGUGUUAGAUAUUGUAAGUCUUGAAUCUGAUAGUGAAGAUGAAAGUGGAUGUUAAAAGAUACAGGUGAAAAUUUUGAAUACUGUAUUAAAGGUUAAUGUAUGUUCAUUAAGUAACAAGUGAGGUAGGUUUUCUUGUACAUUGUGUAAUGAUUUUGGUAUGUAUCAAAGAAAUCAAAGGAACAAAUUCAGGGAUUGUUUGUUUGAACAAAUCCUGAAUUUGUACAGUUGAACCUUUUCUGGAUUUGCUUUAACCCUUUGGCUGCAGGAGGUAACCCUAAAGUGAAUGAAAUGAGGGAGUUGCAGCCAAAGAGUUAAGAAUGAAAUGAGCAAUUACACAUUUUCAGCAUUUACUUAUAAAAAAACAAAACAAUUGUUCAAUUUAAAUUUUUUUUAACUAAAAUUUAAAGAAAAAUAUUUGUUCAUUGGAAUAUCUUGCGGAUAUGUUAAAUUUCAUUAAUGGCAGAAAAGUUUUUAGUGUUAUUAAUAGAGUAUUUUUAUU